UUCAUGUUGUAUAAUUCUUUGCAGAAUUUGAUCAUCCCUCAAUUCUUUUUAUUAGUUGUAUCACUUGUGAUUGUAUGUGUAUGAGUUCAAGCUGCUUUUAAAAUAUUCAUCAUGUCUUUGGUCCAGAAACUUAUGAAAGAAACUGGUGCUGAUGAAAAAUCAGCAAAGUAUUUAUUGGAAGCUUGCAGCAAUAAUUAUAAAAUGGCUGUACUCAUGUAUCAAGAUUCACAGCCUGCACAGUCAACAUCAUCAGAAGCCAGAGAAGAAGAUGUGAGGGCACCAAUUCCCCGUAAGUUUGAAGUUUUAUGCCCUGAGCCUGGUAUGUCUUCCUCACACAACCUCAGAAAUUGGGCAACCUGGCAUGACUCAAGUGACAACAUACCAUUCAGGAACACUAUGCACAUGAGAGACUUUGAACAGGAGACCAGACAUCAGGAAGAAAUGAUGGGCCUUGGUCGUGGUAUUUUUGGGGCUGGUAGCUCCAGAGGCUCACACGUUGCCGGAACAAGCAGCGGUUCUUCAUCUUCAAGUGGAUCGCAUUCAUUGGGAGGUGAAGCAGACCUUCAGUCCAAGCUGAAAAAACUUGAAGAUCUGUUCAAACCUCCUCUUGAUCUCAUCUACAAGGGUUCUUUCUUUAUGGCGCGAGAAGAAGGCAAGGAGAAGGGCAAGUGGCUUCUCGCCAACAUACAAGACAACAAUGACUUCAUGUGCCACACACUCAACAGGGACGUAUGGUCCAACGCCAACGUCAGGAAGCUGCUCGAUGGCACCUUCUUGUUAUGGCAGGCAGCUCAUGAUAGCGAACACGGACGCAAGUAUAUGAACUUCUACCCGUCAGUAACCUUCCCGUACAUCGCAAUCAUCGACUCGCGCACCGGCGAGCAUAUGAGCACCUUCACAGAGACUGAUCCCAAAGCCUUCUGCAAGUUCCUGAAGAACUUCAUCAGCUUACAUGGCAGGAUGCCCAGCAAUCUUCAGUUUGCUGCUGACUUCGCAUCACCGGAAGCUGGCAAGAGGAAAACUCCAGAUUCUGAUGUCUCAAACGGCCAUGAUUCAUCAGCACUUUCCAAAUUAUCGCGCUCGAGCCAAGCUAGCGACGUGUCAUCCAGUCGCUCCAAGGCGUCAGGCUUGUCUGAACGCGGGCUUGAAGCUCAAAGCCUCCGUGAAGUGAGCCAGUCUGCUGUUAAACGCAAGGCUCUGUUCGAUAUCACUGAAGAAGCCCAAAUGGAGCUCGCCAUCGCAGCGUCUCUGAAGACCUGCCAGUCCAACUCAUCAGAUGCAGAAGACAACGACGACCUGCUUUCCCUGAACAGCUCCUUGGACGAUGACCAAGAAAUCAAUUACUCGUUUGAAGACAAUAACGCUACGACCAGUGAGGCGGUCGCUUCAAGUCAUUCCCCUGAUAAAAAUGAGACUGGCAACAGACCUUGUGAUAAGAGUUGCGAUGCAGGCAGUGGCAGUCGCAUUAGUGAAUGGAGAACUGCGAAGAAUCACCUUGUCAACGGCGCACCAGUGACUGUUGGCAGCUCAAAAGAUGAUAGCAUUAAGACCCUAGGAGAAUCCGAGAAAGACGAUAGUGAAAGCUGGCGUCGCCUGGCUGCUGAGUAUGACAACAGCGACAGCGCUGCCAUUGUGCUGCGACUCCCAGAUGGCAAGCGAGAAACAAUUAACCUGCCACGAGCAGCGCCUCUGACGGUGCUGCGGCGGUACUUGCGGCCCAGAGGAUAUUCCCCACCAGGAUAUCGGGCCUUCACUGGCUGGCCUAAGAUAGACGUGUUUGAACUGGACGAGUCUAUCUCUCUGAAAGACGCCGGCCUCUCGCAAAGAGACACUAUUAUUCUACAAAAAGAAUGAUGGAUAUUAAUAUAAGAAGUGAUAACCGGUCGAGUGCUCACCGUCGGAUGACUUAUCCUACUGCAUGGAAAUGUAAGGAUAGUUUGCCUGAUGUCUUGUGUUCAUAGGUUAUGAAAGAUGUUCAAUUCAGCAACCAUGAUAAUGAGCCCAUUCGUGUAAUUAAAAUUUAUUUUUGAUCA